AUGGAAUGGGAUGGUUUCCGUGAUUUUAAAAUUUCACGUAUCGAGAGUGAAUCCGUGGACGUUAAAUCUGUGUAUUUCAAACCCGCUGACGGUAAAAAGAUUGCCAUUCCCAAGAGAGGACAGUAUAUUUGUGUUAGAUUCAAGUUGCCAGGCUCUUUUUCUGAGAAGAGUAGGGAAUAUUCUCUUUCCCAAUAUCCAAAUUCUGAUGAAUAUCGUAUUUCAGUUCGUUUAGUUGAAGGAGGUCAAAUUUCGUCAUUUGUGCACAACGGCUUGCAAGUUGAUUCCACUAUUCGUGUCAGUCCACCAGCUGGUCAAUUCUUCUACAUUGAAUCUGAUGUUGAUAAACCUGUCGUUUUGUUCGUAGGAGGUAUUGGUAUUACUCCAUUAGUUUCAAUAGCUGAAAAGGCUUUAGAAAGUGGUCGUCAGGUUUACAUGUUCAAUUCUAAUAGACGUAUAGAAACUAGGCCUUUUACUACAUGGUUGCUAGACUUAAAAGAAAAAUAUUACGAUCAAUUCAAGUUAACUGAAUUCAUUUCUAAUGAAUCAGAAUCGGAUCUUGAAGUUAUCGAUGAGUUGGAAACUCGUAGGUUAGAGGCUCAAGAUUUUGAGUUUGUUGACCCAAAUUUCGAUUAUUAUUUGUUAGGCCCUAGCUCUUACAUGGAAUUUGUUAAAGGGGAGUUGAUACAGAGGGGUGUACAAGAAUCGGAAAUAUCUACAGAAUUCUUUGGUCCUAUGGAGGUUUAA